AUCGAAUAGUAGAAUCAUUAAUUAUUUUGAACACGCUGAUAGCUAUUGUUCACGUUGCUAGCUUUUGAUUCUUCACUAUUAUUCAAAGAACUUCAUUGAGAGAGCAAUCAAUAACAUUUGAGUUGUAUCGCAGUAAUGUCUAUCAACAGAAUUAUACUAUUCUGUAUGACAAAAUGCUCAGAUUUGGUUACCAUGAAAACGAAGAAAUACAAUGGUUCUCUUCGCUCCUUUCUUUGUACCCUUUUAAUCCCUUUCUACUUUUUUUCAUCUGCUUACUGGUCUCUGAUACAUUUUCUCGUUCUAUGUGCAAUCAUUGCUACACUCGAAGAUGCUGAGAAAUACCCAAUCGAAUCCACCAAAGCAAAAGUGAAAGCAUUACUUAGCUAUAAGAGCAAAAACAGUUUGCCUAAAUCGGUCCGUUAUCAUUCUGCCAGUCAUCAAUUGCUACAGGGCCUUAUGUAUAGAGCUAUUCAGCAUUGGUGCUGUAUCAGUUUCAAAAUUGCACCUAUUGAAGUUGAUGUAUUGAGACACAACACACCAAAAUCGAUUCUUUAUUGCGUUGCUGCCAUCAGUAUGGUUACGAUCAACCACAACAACCCUAAUUCAGCUGUCGUGUUAGACAAUGAUGCAGAAGAAAACAGCCCAAAGAACUUUACAAGCUCCAAAUCAAAGAGACAAUUAUCUUCAAAAGCAAUGGAAGACUUUAAAAAAGAUAUUGCCUUUUAUUAUUAUAAACAAGCUUGUAGCUAUUUGGAAGAAGUUAUUUUCUCGGAGGAUGAAGAUACAAAUCUAAGUGUAGUAGCUAUUCAAUGCUACUUUUGCCUCAGCUAUAUUGCGAGCCUUUUACGUCUCCCUCACGAACAACGAACUUGGCAUUGUUUGGCUUGUGAGACGUUGAAAAAUAAAGUCAAUGACGUGAAAAUGUCACCCGCUCUACUGCAAUGUUGGUAUCGUUGGUAUUAUAUUGAUGCUUGGGUCUCCAUUGCAUUGAAUCAAGAAUCCUUAUUACCAGAUAAGUUACCUUUCCCCAUCACUCGACCAUCACGGCUAGAGGAAGCGGAGCAGCCGCAACAACAAAGUGCACAACGAGGAUGUGCGGCAGGUCGAUGUUUUGAUGGUAGCGACGGUACACCUGUCGUUGACUCACAAAAUCAACGGCAUCAACAACGAUACGAGCCUACCUCACAACAUUUCACAACAUGUAUAACCCCUCGUUCUAACUGUUAUAUGUCAUAUGAUACACUCUAUGAGUUUGUGAUCAUGGCUCAAUUUAUGCGACGCUUUAAUCGAGCUACUAGGACCGGCAAAUUGCCUUAUUUGUAUGAAAGAAUCAAUUCGGAGACGGAAGCAUGGUGGCGAACAGUGAAGCAGCCUAAUAUACACCUCGCAAACUGUUACCAUUCCAUGCGUAUCGUGGUCAUUUUUUCCCUCUUACAGUAUCAUCAAGCCCUAUGUCCUGUCGUCCACUUUGACUUACUCUUGGAUGGCUUACACGUGACAUUGGAAAUUCUGCAAGGGCUUCAAGAAUUAAAGUUGAUGUGCUGUGAUCAAAGUACCUAUCAUCAUAUGUUUUACGCGAUCCACCAAACAUUGAAAAUGAUCUUGCUCAUUAUUCGCCAGCACCGUGAAUUCGCACCUUUGGAAACAUUUGCUAAACAGCAGUUCGAAAUGAAUUUAUGCAUACUUGAAGGUACGGAUGCGUUCCGAGAUGACUUGUAUCAGAUGAGAAGUAUUGCGUCGACUAUUGAAGCCGAUAUGUUACAGUUUGGCUUGAAUGAUGAUGUGGUUCUGGAUAGUAAAAGGUCCGUGCGUGUUUUCAGGGCUGUCAUUACAGCGAAAUCAGUAAAGAAGGCUAAAAAGAGUCACGACAAUAGCAGCGGUGAUGACCGACAGCAUUAAUUUAUGCUUUUUUCUUUUUUCUUCACCCCCUCCCAGGUCUUCUGUCCAUCACACUCUGAGUACUUGUUUUUUACUUUUUCACUUUUUCAU